CUCUCUAUCUCUUUCACACACGCAUUUUGAGCUCAAACUCAAGAAGAAGAAAGACAAGAAUGAGAAAGUUUCUUUGAAUCAUACGCGACAAUCUAUUAAGUUGAAUACAAAAACAUCGAAACAAACAAUGAUCUUAACAAUGAAACUUCUUCACCCUCUCCAUCACUCUCUCUCUUCCUCCAUUCCCUUUCAAUCAAGAAGAAGGCAAUCCAAACCGUACCGGUGCUCAUUACCGUCUUCAAGCGGCGAAAAGGUCAUCAGAUCAGAGACCGUCGAUUCUCCGGCGCCGGUGAGCCACGAAGGAAGAAGGGUUUUACUUGGAUGUCUCCUCGCCGCCGCUUCUGGGAUUCUGUUGGCUGAUCCAGCCGAGGCCGUAAGCACCAGCAGAAGAGCUCUACGUGCAUCCAAAAUACCUGACAGCGAGUUCACGACUCUCCCCAAUGGUCUCAAGUACUACGAUAUAAAAGUUGGCAAUGGAGCAGAGGCUGUGAAAGGAUCUCGGGUCGCAGUUCACUAUGUUGCCAAAUGGAAAGGGAUAACGUUCAUGACAAGUCGACAAGGACUUGGUGUUGGAGGUGGAACGCCAUACGGGUUUGAUGUUGGGCAAUCAGAGAAAGGGAAUGUUCUCAAAGGACUUGACCUUGGCGUUGAAGGGAUGCGUGUAGGCGGUCAGAGAUUGGUGAUUGUUCCUCCCGAGCUUGCUUACGGGAAGAAAGGAGUUCAAGAGAUUCCUCCAAAUGCAACAAUUGAGCUUGACAUUGAGCUCUUAUCAAUCAAGCAGAGUCCUUUCGGGACGCCAGUGAAGAUCGUUGAAGGCUAAGAUAUUAAUGAGAAGCAGAAACUGAACUCAAGAUUGUAUCUUUAAAAACCCACAAAUGUCUAGAUAUUAAUCUAAAUGUGCUAAGAGCUAUGGAAGAUUCAACUGUAUCAGAAGAAUCUGGUUAAUGGAUGUCUGGAUGAGAUACAUUAGCUAGUCCGGAUUCAUAACCGCUUCUCAUGGCUUAUUCCUCUGUUUCGUACACUUUUGCGCUUUGCAAAACAUCGAAUUAAUUCAAUCCCAUAUACUUAA